AUGGCUUGGAAAAAUGACACAGUCAUCAAAGAAUUUAUCCUUCUUGGGCUCUCCAGUAAUCAAACUAUACAAAUCAUACUUUUUGUGGUAUUUCUCAUUAUGUACUUGAUCAUUUUAGUUGCAAAUUCUCUUAUUGUCCUUGCUACAGUUACUGAUAGCACUCUUCAAACCCCUAUGUAUUUUUUUCUCACUAAUCUGUCUCUAGUGGACAUCUGCUAUUCAUCCUCCAUAAUACCCCGGAUGCUGAGAGAUAUGAUGGUGGUCAAAAAGACUAUUUUGUUUGCAGAUUGUGUUGCACAAAUGUAUAUAUCUCUUUCAUUGGGGGAAGCAGAAUGUAUUAUUUUAGCUGUAAUGGCCUAUGACCGCUAUAUAGCAAUAUGUUAUCCUUUACAUUAUACUGCAAUUAUCCACAGAAGUUUGUGUAUUAAAAUAGCUACAGGAACAUGGAUUUUUGGAUUUCUCUUAUCUAUUUCUCAUGUAGCCCUAACGUGGAAUGUGGAUCUUUGUGGACAUAAUGAAAUUAAUCAUUUUGAGUGUGAAGUACCAGAAAUCUUAGCUUUGGGAUGUGGGAAUGUUAUAGUUGUUGAAUUUGUGAUCUUUAUUGUUGGUGUCAUUAUUUUAAUUGUACCCAUUACUUUUAUUAUCAUUACAUAUAUUAAAAUAAUAAGAGCCAUUUUUAAAAUAAGCUCUUCUGCAGGACGGAGAAAGGCUUUUUCCACUUGUGGUUCUCAUAUAACUGUUGUAACCUUGUUCUAUGGCUCAGCUAUGGCUACCUAUAUGAAACCUCGAUCCAAGUCAUCUCCUGAUACAGAUAAACUUUUUGCUGUCUUUUAUACUAUAGUUACACCAAUGUUAAAUCCACUGAUUUAUACGCUAAGAAAUAAGGAAGUUAAAUCGGCUCUAAAAAAGGUUUCAUGUAAGGACAUAACUUUUCUUAAAUAG